CGCGCUCCGCUGUGCACCUGCAGAGAGAGAAGAGGAGAAGGAGGAGUGGAGUUUGGAUACCUCGGUCGAGCUGGACUGCCGCUUUUCACUCGAACUCAGCACAAGUUCUCCAACCAAGUUUUAGUGAAGAAGUCGUGGAAUAGCUGGGACAGGAAUGGAGCUUUCGUCAGGCCGGUUUUGCUGUGUACUGUUGAGCCUCUUUGCAGGUUUGGCCUCUGGUCUAGAGAUCACGUCUACGGCGCCGACCUCCAUAGAGACGGCCAGCGGGCAGAGUGUGAAGCUGGACUGCCAGUUCACUCUGGCCCCGGAAGAUUCUGGACCGCUGGAUAUUGAAUGGAGCUUGUUGUCCUCUGACAACCAGAAAGAGGACAAAGUGGUGAUCCUGUACUCUGGCGACAGGUCCUACGAGGACUACUAUGAACCAAUGAAGGGUCGAGUCCACUUCAACUCGGCCGACCCCAAGAACGGCGACGCCUCCAUCAACCUGACGGGGCUGAAGUCGUCCGACUCGGGCACCUACCAGUGUAAGGUGAAGAAGGCUCCCGGUAUCCGCAGCAGGAAGAUGCUACUGAUCGUCAUGGUGAAGCCAUCCAAGCCCAGGUGCUACGCCGAAGGCCCCACACAGGAAGGCAAAGACAUUGUGCUGAGGUGCAUAUCUAACGAGGGCACCAAACCCCUGCAAUACAGCUGGGAGAAGACCAGUGACACCAAGCUGCUGCCCAGCUCUGCUGUGAUGGAUCCAGUGGGAGGCACCAUUAACGUGAGGAACGCAUCUGCCAGCACAUCUGGCACCUACCGCUGCACUGCCAAUAACCGUGUUGGCUCUGAGGAAUGUAUUCUGUAUCUCAACGUGACACCUCCCCCCAACACUGCAGGCAUCAUCGCAGGAGCCAUAAUUACUGUACUCCUGAUCCUCCUCAUCAUCGCCAUCAUCCUCUUCUGCUGUUGCCGUGCCCGUAACCGGAAGAAGUAUGAGAAGGAAAUCUGCAAUGAGAUAAGAGAGGACGUGCCCCCUCCUAAGAGCCGCGUUUCGAUGGCGCGCAGCUUCACCGUGGGCAGCCAGCGCUCCUCGUUGGGCUCCAUGUCCCCCUCCAACCUGCACGAGUACGCCCUGAAGCCCCAGUACGACAAGAUUCCCUCGUCAGAGGAGUUUGAGAGGCCUCCGAGCCACGCCCCUCUGCCCCCGCCCACUGCUGCCAGGAUGGCCGGCCCCAACCUCAGCCGCAUGGGGGGCAUCCCGGUCAUGAUCCCUGCCCAGAACAAGGACGGCUCAAUCGUCUAGCCUGUCCUCGAGAAGUGGCCGUGCAACGAGGGGAGGGAUGGAGGAAGUAGGACACAAGCCACUGAAGAUGGAGCGAGAGCUGGGAUAGGGCUGACUCGCCUGACCUUUAGCUCUUCAAUAUUUACAAAUGGGAGUACCCUCCUCCUUAUGAAGGCCUGGCUCUGCGUUGGUGCUGAGAAGAGAAAUUGAAUUGUACUGGAAACCCAACAGAGCACAUUAACUUUUUAUCAAAUAUAAAUACAAAAAAACUUAUGAAUUUUACUUCCUGGAUUUUCUCACUGAAAAAUGAAUUGGGGUGGAUAUGAAGCAGAAUGGUCAAUAUACAAAUUAUAUUGUACAUAACGUGAAUGCAUGUGUUUUUUUUUGUUUUUGUUUUUUUUUUAAAUAUAGAAGGCCCUUGCGGUAGAGAUAUUCUAUGUUCAAAACAGAUCCAGGCCCCUAAUUGGCCAGCUUUACAGCUGUAUGCAUGUAUGUAUAAAAUUGCAGCUGUAAGCGUGUGUGUGAAUAUAAGUGUAUGUUUGUGAAUGGGAGUUUUGGAAAUGUAUAGUUCAUUUCUCGUCUUUUAAUGCCUACAUGAUGAUCAUUGGUCAGGAAAUCCAGUCACUACUCGUUUUUCUGACAUCUCUAAUUCCAUAAAUGUAUUCUAUUGACCUUUUGGAAAAAUGGAAAGACAGACUUAUUAAAAGAAAAUUCACCAAUUUGAA